AUGAUUUCUGUUAUAGGAACCGCAUUAGGAGUAGUUAUUAGUGUAAUUAUAACAAAAUAUUAUUAUCCUGCUAUGAUAGCAUUAGAUGCCACAGCAAAUUCUUUGAUUACUUCAAUUCAACCUAUUAUUCCAAUAUUUAUAGCAUUUAUUCCAUCUUCAAUUUUUAAUAUUUAUGGAAGUUAUCGCUCAAGUUUAUAUGUAACAACUAGUACUUUGAAUAUUCCUCAAAUAUCACAUAAAGAAACUUUUGUUAGGAAAUACAAAUCUCCAUUUAAUAUACCAUUAUUAAUUGAACCUGCUUUACAUCAUUACUCAUCAGAAAAAUAUUCAUUUAACAUAUUUUUAGCUCUUAAACAAAAAGGAAUUCAAAACCAAUUGAUAUGA